AUGCCAACUUUGAAAGAAUUCUUUCAAUGUAAUAUUCAACGAUUGCAACGACGAUUUGCAACUGAAACAUUCAUUUUAUUAUUGAGAAAGAAGAAAUCAUCAUCGAUUUGUUCCAAGAAAUGUUAUCAAUUUAAUGAUGAAAUAUGGAAUGCAAUAUUUCAACAAUGUUCACCGUUUGAUUUAUAUUCAUGGCGUCGUGUGAAUAAAAAUUUUAAACGUUUAAUUGAUAGCCAUUUCAAUAAUAUUCUUUAUUUAUAUGCCGAUCGGCGGAAUGCUGCCUCAUUGUUAGCUAAUAAAACGAAUAAUAUUAAUGGUAAUUUUUAUCGGCAUCGUAGUGCGCAAAUAUUGCUAAGUUUAACAAAUCAUAGCGCUGUAUUUAUUGUUCAUGAAAGAUGGACACCAAAAGAUAUCAGUAAAUUAUUUCAAGCGAUUCAACUAUUGGCACCAUCGAUUCGAAAUGUUUCGCUUGAUAUGGGAAUCGUUGAACUGAUCACAGCUGGCUUAUCAAGUAUGGAUUUUAAUCGUUGGCAUUCUUUUCAAUGUUAUUUGAAAACAUUAGAUGGACAAGCUGCUGAAGAUUCCGUACAUAUACAAUGUGUACCAUCUACCUAUCGAAGGACAUUCUUUCCGAAUGUUACUGAGUUUACGGUUCAAGUUGGUGAACGUGAUUAUUCCGCGCUAACACGUUUAAUGGAUUAUUCGGUUGAUGCGCAAAUAUUAUUUUCGCUUAAUAAAAUUGAACUAUUUCGUGUACAUUUCAUUUCUACCGUUGAAUCACAAUUACGCGGUUGUUUUGCAACAGAAGAACGACUUUCCAGGAAGCGAACAUCUAAACAUUUGCAAAAUUUCAAGAAAUGGAUUGAUGCUGCUAAUUUGGGUGAACGAUACUGUCAACAAUAUUAG